UUUUAGGUAAUUUGUUUACUGAUGCCUUCUUUUUCUGUUAUAAAGCUGCUCCAUUUUGUGAGCAGAGAUGCAAGAGCGCAUCUCUGUGUCCUUGAAAACCUAUUUCCCAAAUCUUUUUCAAACAUCUCUGAAUCCAGAAUCGAGCCAUCUCAGGUUGUGGAUUACCUUAUAAACUCAUGUGGGUUAUCCCCAGAAACUGCCGUUUCUGUGGCCAAAAAAGUCCAUGGCAGAUUCCACACUUCAGAGAAACCGGAUUCUGUGCUCAAGUUCUUUGAAUGCAUUGGUUUUUCAAGAACCCACAUCGCAAGGCUAAUCUCCUUGAAGCCCCUAUUGUUAUUUUCUUCUGUGGAUAAAACCCUCAAGCCCAAGUUAAAGCCAUUCCAAGAUUUGGGUCUAUCGGGUCCGGAACUUGCAAAAGUGAUUGCUUCAAAUCCAGCUAUCUUAGUAAGAAGCCUAAGAACCCAGAUAGUUCCCAGUCUUAAGGUCAUUACAAGCUUUGUUGGAACGGGUGAGAAUAUGUUGAAAACAUUGAAACGCUCAAGAUGGGUACUUUCAAUCAAUCCUGGGGAAAGAUUGCAGCCCAACAUUGAUUUCCUGAGGAAUCAAAAUGUGCCGGACUCAAGAAUUGCUUACUUGAUGAUGACUCAGCCAGGGAAUUUGAUAUUGAAGCCCGAUCACUUGAAAGAAAAAGUUGAGACCCUCAAGGGGUUGGGCUUCAAACCUGAGUCAGGAAUGUUUACCAUUGGAAUUCACAUCUUGGGUUCGAUGAGCAAAUCUACUUGGGAGGCAAAGAUCAAGUUGUUGAAGGAUUUUGGUUGGUCUGAACGGCAAAUUUUUGCUGCCUUUAGAAAGCAUCCUGCCUACAUGGCAUGCUCAGAGAAGAAGAUGAAGCAAGGAAUGAAUUUCUUUGCAAAUGUGCUCAAUUGGAAUGCUGAAUUUGUUUCAAAACAUCCAAAGCUUCUAAUGUUCAGCUUUAAAGAAAGGAUUAUCCCUAGAUUUGAGGUUUGGAAGAUUUUGGUGUCAAAAGGGUUGAUUUCAAAAGUGCAUCCAACUCUUGUUACAGCAUGGAAUAUGUCUGAGGAAAAUUUCUUGGAGAAGUAUGUGAAUAAGUAUGAGGACAAAGUUCCUGAUUUAGUGUACAAGAUGCGAAAUUGGGAUGGUAAACUAACUGAGUCAUUGGAAAACAUCUGACUAGUUGUAUCAGAUGGAGGAAGGAGGUGGAACUGCUUGAAUUUUGCUAUUGUCUUUGGGAAUUUGGAGCUGUGGAAGUGUUUUCGGAGAUGACCAUGGAGAUCUGAGAUUGGGUGUGUUUGGUUUUAGACCAUUUCCCACUACCAUGUCAGACACAUAACGUCAUAGCAAUUAAUUAGUAGAUGAAUCUAGAGCCCCAUUGAGGUGGUUGCAGAUCCAUUCUUUUGAUUUGGACUUCUACCUGCUUAAUUGAAUGUUAUUGCAUUUAUAAAAACAAUUCACACUCGAAUCUUUUUUUGAGUUGAA